AUGUCCUUAACCCCCCCAUCCGUCCUGCAUGCCGGCGAAGACCUCGACCUCGACCUCGACCUCGACCUCGAUCUCGAUUUGACCAUCCGCUUCUCCGCCUCGCUCCCAGACCUCCUCCUCACCAUCCCCGGAUCACUCAAUGCCAACACCGCGACUCUCAAGCAGCUGAUCCGCUCGCGGAUCCCCCAUGAAUACGCCGACCGUCGCAUCCGUCUGAUCUAUGCCGGAAAGGCACUGGUCGACGAUGUUCCGCUUACGGUGUCGCUCAAACGAAACUUGAGCAAACCGCCUUCGCGGAUAAGCACGCCAGGGCCGUAUGACGAGUCGAACGGCGGGGGCGGAAGAAGACUACCUUCCGGAGCACAAAGCAAGGCCAACAAUGGCAAUGGAAAGGGGAAAGGCAAAUCGGCCGUUCGCGACCCGCCGGCCCAGUCGCGCAUCUACAUCCAUUGCUCGAUCGGAGACAUUGUGCUCUCGCCUGCCGAGCUGGCCGCGGAAGCCGCAUGUGCUGAGAAGAGUGCGUCGCCAGGGGACGAGGGCGAGCAUGACAAGGCCAACGCGACUGCUGCAUCGGCCGCGCCCCAAGCGUCUACCACCCCUGCCCCCCGAGGGUUUGAUCGGCUGGUGAACGCCGGCUUUACACCCGCUGAGAUCCAGUCUCUACGUCUCCAGUUCCUGGCCAUCCAGGCGCACACGCAUACUCCGGACAACAUGCCGUCCCCCAGCACGCUGCGCGACUUGGAGGAUCGCUGGCUCGACGGUUCGAACGCCGCCGGGGGAGAUCAGACUGCACUGGGCGCCGCCGGAGCUGCCGGGACUGACGGCCUUUCAGGCGACGAUGACACGCAAGCAGGUGCGUUGGACGACAUGAUCUGGGGCACCGCAAUGGGCUUCUUUUGGCCCAUCGGCUGUCUUAUGUGGGGUGUGCGUGAGGAAGGCAUCUGGAGCCAGCGUCGCAAAAUGGCCGUCGUGGUCGGGUUUAUGUUGAAUAUUGGAUUGGGCAUCAUCAGGUAUACAGGAUAG